CCAUAUAUGCACGAUCGUAACAAGUGUGCUUUAGUGGCACAAUCUGAAAUUGACAUUUAUUUUACGGAGUUGACAUGGUCCCGUAACGCCGCCGAAGCUGUUUCUGCGCCUCUACCCGCGGCGCGCGUCAUGUACACGGCCUGAGCGGAGUGAUACGAGGCAUGGAGCUCCCCAGUUGUCAAACCGAGGGAGUGAACCUGAGCGAAGAUGUCGCGUAGCCAGGGAAAUUGCGCUGAAAUUGACACAAAUGACAUUUUACAUUUGUUGUCAUGACAUGACGUGACAGCCACCUUUCAAAAGAAAAAAAACUUAUUGUUUUGUCGCUUCUGUGAAGUUGCAGCUGAUUAAGUAUUUUCAUUUUUCACCUCCUGGUCGAAAAAAAACGAUGGAUAUUACUCUCUUACCGUGGUGCCUGGGCGGUGUGUGAGGUGCCGCGGCGUGGCGGCAUGCGAUCCCCCUGAGCCCAGCAGCGCCCCCCGCAGGCCCCAGCAUGCCGGUGCAGGCGGCGCAGUGGACAGAGUUCCUGUCCUGCCCCAUCUGCUACAAUGAGUUUGACGGGAGCGGCCACAAGCCCAUCAGCCUGGGCUGCUCCCACACCGUGUGCAAGACCUGCCUCCACAAGCUGCACCGCAAGGCCUGCCCCUUCGACCAGACCGCCAUCAGCACCGACAUCGACCUGCUGCCCGUCAACUGUGCCCUGCUGCAGCUGGUGGGAGCGCAGGUGUCGGAGCAGACGGUGACCCUGGGCAGUGUGGUGGAGAGCGAACACUACGAGGCCUCCAGGAGGUCCGUGGAGGAGCUGGCCCUCUACCUGAAGCCGGUCGGCGGUGGAAAAGGUGUGACGGGCCUGGGUCAGAGCGUGCUGAGCCGGCCCAUGCAGCGGAAGCUGGUGACGCUGGUGAACUGCCAGCUGGUGGAGGAGGAGGGCCGGGUUCGGGCCCUGCGGGCGGGCCGGUCCCUGGGCGAGCGCACGGUCACCGAGCUCAUCCUGCAGCACCAGAACCCCCAGCAGCUCUCCGCCAACCUGUGGGCCGCCGUGCGCGCCCGCGGCUGCCAGUUCCUGGGCCCUGCCAUGCAGGAAGAUGCCCUGAAACUGGUCCUGUUGGCUCUGGAGGACGGCUCAGCCCUGUCCCGGAAGGUGCUGGUCCUGUUCGUGGUCCAGAAGCUGGAGGCGCGGUUCCCCCAAGCGUCCAAGACCAGCAUCGGUCAUGUGGUCCAGCUGCUGUACCGGGCCUCCUGUUUCAAGGUGACCAAGCGAGACGAGGACUCCUCGCUCAUGCAGCUGAAGGAGGAGUUCCGCACCUACGAGGCGCUGCGUCGCGAACACGACGCCCAGAUCGUCCACAUCGCCAUGGAGGCGGGGCUGCGCAUCUCGCCCGAGCAGUGGUCCUCCCUGCUAUACGGAGACCUUGUCCACAAGUCCCACAUGCAGUCCAUCAUCGACAAGCUCCAGUCUCCAGAAUCCUUUGCAAAGAGUGUCCAGGAACUGACCAUCGUUCUGCAGAGGACGGGAGACCCAGCCAACCUGAACAGCCUAAGAUCUCACCUGGAGCUUCUGGCCAACAUUGAUCAUAAUCCAGACGCUGCCUCCCCCUCAUGGGAACAGCUGGAGCAGGUGAUGCUGGCGGUGAAGGUGGUCGUUCACAGCCUGGUGGACUUCAUCCAGAACUUCAGCAAGAAGACCCACGAGACUCCGCAGCCGCAGCCCAACAGCAAGUACAAGACCAGCAUGUGUAGGGACCUGCGGCAGCAGGGAGGCUGUCCCAGAGGGACCAACUGCACCUUCGCCCACUCCCAGGACGAGCUGGAGAAGUUCAGGAUGAGAAAUAAGAAGAUCAGCGGUGUUGUGAGACCCUUCCCCCUGCCCCAGACGCUUUUGGGGAAAACUGUGAUCGUCCCAGCGGGCGGGGUCUCCCUGGGGGGUCCUGAGGUAACAGAAACGGGGGUGUCCCCCACAGAGAGCGCGGCCCCCCCCCUGCUCAUCCCCCGGGGCGGGGACACACUGGAGAAGAUGAGGGCGGCUCGAAACACAUCCAACGGGGCGGUCGCUCCUGGCCAUCCGGCCACCGGUCCCAGCGAGCAGAAGACCAUCUCACCCCCAAAGACACCCGUCAGUCAUAUCUGUGCAACCUCACCUCACGUCCCCGGUGCUGGAGCUGACAGUGGCUCCACACACCCCAAACUGGGGCAUUUCAUCACCAGGGCGGGCCUUUUCCCUCCCCAGCAAUCCGACGUGUACUACCAGGAUCCGCCGGCACCGUAUGACCCCCCGCCCUACCAGCCAGCCAAUAAUUACUAUGCCUCCACGGUGCCCCAGCUGAAACAGUGCCCCGCCCGCUUCUUCCGCUCCGGCAACGUGCCCGAGUCCUCGCUCCCGCCCGCCGUGACGCCGUACUCCGAGCAGCACCCCUCCUUCCCCCCGCGGGACCGCCUCGGGCCCGCCGCCUACCCCCCGCCCCCGCAGUACGGUCACCUGACCCACGGCCACGGCGUGUACGCCCCCGUCUACGACAGCCGCCGCCUGUGGCGGCCGCCCAUGUACCACCGCGAGGACGCCCGCAGCAACUCGCUCCCCCCCGAGGUGCUGCACUCCUCCGUGUACCAGACGCCCCUGAGAGAGCGCUACAACUCGCUGGACGCGUCCUUCUGCACGGACGGGGAGCAGAGGCCCACGCUACAGAGGGACAUGUAUAGCCAUAUGCCUGUUGGGUAUGAGGAGCUCUUCAGACGAAAACCAGAACAGUGGGCCCAGCACCAACUGGGCAGCCGGCCUUCAUCCUCCUCCCCGCUCUUCUUCAGCUCAGAGCUCCCAGAGAGUGUGGGCGGGGACUGCGUGGGCUGUAAGUCCCGGGGGGAGGAGAACCUCUCCCACUACUCCCCCUGGUCCUGUGGCACCAUCAGCACCUGCAUCAGCACCGUCAAGUCCGACCCGCCCAACAUCGACCUGGAGGGCGGGAGGGUGAAGGCCCGUCUGCACAGCUUCGAGGCUCCUCGUAGGCGGAAGGACGAGGACUUCAUCCCCUUCGGAGAGGGGCCCAUCAUCUCCAAGUGGGGCGCCAUCUCCCGCGCCUCCCGCACGGACUACCACACCACCUACCCGGUGCAGGCCACCGCCCCCCAGGGAGGGCCCACCACCACGCCCAUCAACUUCAGAGACUACAGUCUGUACCAUCAGAGUGACUAUAGAUGGAGAUCUGAUGCUCCCAGUCACUCCUGCUUCCUACAGAGUGAGCAGCUCGGUGUGUCGGAGCUGAGAUCCUGCUGCAAGUCUGCCAACAUCAGAGAAAAGCAGAGUACAGACCUGCUGCAGGCUGAUUACUGUAAGGACAGCGCAGACAGGGAGGCGGACAGAGACAUCGAGCUGGAGCUGUCCGCUCUGGACAUGGAGGACUCCACCUCGCAGGACGACGAGGCUGAGGAGUCUCUAGAUCUGAGGAUGCGUCCCCAAGGCACUCACCUUAGCAACGGCUCGGUGACGGGGAACAGCCCACAGGAACAGCUCUCUCCCGACAAGAUGGCCGCUCACCUGCUGAAGAAGAUGGCCUUCAGGAAGUCUGGCUCGCCCACCAGGCUGGGCGUGGGGAAGCUUGUGAUGAAGACGGGGCCGUCGGGGGUGGGGGAGGUGUCUCACCCCAGCGGGGGGGCCGAGAUGCUUCUCAACAGCUGAGGGACGAAGCCCGAUGGCCGGGCGGCCCCUGGGGGCCAGCCCGCAACGCCCAGCAGAUCCGCCGGCCCUCCCUACGCCCAGCAUCCCCUCCACCGGACUCUCCGGCCUGCCGUUCGCGCUCGCUUCCUCAAACAGCAGAGGUGGUCUGAGAGCACCCUGUCUAAUUAAGGCCUUUUGGUUCUACAAAAAAGCCAAGCCGUUCGCGCUUGGCGUCCACUUUCCCGACGCCCCGGGGAACGUGGACGCCGGCGUGAAAGGGAACGUGAGUUUACGGCGCUGUAGAAGCUUCGCUGGUCGUCAACGCUGAUGUGACGCACGCGAUAGCUUAAGCUUAAACUAGCAGGGCCCCGCAACAGCGUACUGUGUGUGCGUCAUUCUUUCAUCUCUGUCCGAUUACUGUCCACGUUUCCGUAAGACCAACGCCCUGUCUCCGCUGCCCGUGGUAGUGAAGCAGCACAGUUCCUGCAUGUCUCCCCUCAUGUAACCAGGCCCAAAUCUAUAACAGGUGGCACGUGAGACCCCAUGGUAGAAGCUUUAGGGCGGCCAUCUUGUACUCCCCGAUGAACACAUCACAGACAUACACAUCUGACAGUACCGGCCCAUCCUGUAGUAUCUCACAUCUCCGCUGCACAACACCGCAUCAGUUGUUGUUGUUUUUCUGACCGUUGGCAUAGUCUGAUUAAAGUGCAUAAUGCACAAGUUGAGAGGAUGUUAAAAGUUAAACGCACACGAUAAACAACCGAGCGAAUUCUAUUGCAUAAAACUGCACAUUUCCUUAAUACUUUGUAGGUGCUUAGUGAUGAGAGCCUUCGUCGAUACACUGAUGUGCAAAGCCCAGGAAAUGAACAGGGUGUUUAGCACUGGCAGCCCAAGGGAGAAUAAGCUUCUCCAGCUGUAGUUACUGUGCUUCAUUACUGUGUAUUACCUUAUCAAAUAUAGGAAUGAUACUUGCACGAUAAAUGUUUUUAUUCGUAAAUUAUACAACUGUUGAUGUUCACUCAGACAUACUGUGCUAACUGAAUCACACAACUCAGCAUCCAUACAGUAAGCCUCUCAAGAGUGUAUGCUGUACUGCGUAGGGCCAGAAUUAUUUUCUGCUUCCGGAAUAGGCAAAAGAGAAGCAUUUUCGGCUCAUGGAACAUCUCUAAUGGCAAAAAUAAUUUUGCUUAAAGCUGUAUCACACGCUUCGUUUUGCUGCUGAAUCCAGGGAAAGCCCUCCUCAGAUAAACACAUUCUGACUUAAGUCUCCUCCCCAGGCAGUUGAGCUCUGUAAGCAGUAGCAUUAAACUGCUCAUAUUCUCUUUGCAUAUCACCACAAGAUGUACUCUUCAGACAUCUUUGGUAUUAAAUAUGACAUAUGACGUGAGUGUAACACCAACAUAACAAAAGUCCCACAAGAUUUUAGAGAUGUACUGAAGGAAUGGUUCUUAUACCACACAAUGUGACAUGCUACACUCACUUAUACAUUUCACAUACCCUGCUGUGUGUCCUUUAACACAUGCCCAAUCACUGCUUAGGUUUAUAAGCAUGGGUGAUAUACUGUAGGUUAACCAUGAAUAUCGCCAACAAAGCAAAGCAUGCAUAUGAGAUGUGUAAAGUAAAGAAUUACAUUUUUUAACUCGCAUUUCAAUUUCAAAAUAAUAUUCCUUUCUGGAAGAUAUGUUUAAUGUCUGCAUUGAGCUGGAAACAUACUGCUAUGUGUGUCAUGUGUUUGACUUUUUCCACAUGUGGGAAACGGACAGCAUUCACAGGCAUUGGGAAAGGUUUGUUGGCUGUUAUUUUUCACCACAGGGGGAUUACCAGAAGCCGAGACGGUAUCAAAAAGGCCUUUUUAUCUUGUGCUCUGCUAGACUGUUUCUUUUCAUAUUUGUUCUGACUUUCCAGAUUUUACAUUUUUUACAACAUGCUAACUUCUGUGAAGUUGUUUGUCAAACUAUUUUGUAUCAGGAUCUUUUUUUUUCCUAAUUGUUUUUGAAAAUGUAACCAACCCAUCUGUCACUGCUUUGUGCGCACGGGGGUCCCUGCUAGUUGACUGACAUGGUCCAUCAAAUGGAAGCCAUUGCGAUGACCAGACCAACCACACAUUGACCUGAGGGGUCGGUGUUAUUUUACUGCAGUUUUGUGCAUAUGUUUUGAUGGUGGUCUUCUCCUGAGGGGUUUAAAGGAGAGCUCUGGGAGGAAAUUUUGUGAUCUGUAUUUCAUUUCAAUUUCAUGUACAAUUAAGCAUUAAAACCUAUGACUUGCAGGCCUAGGAUUUUGCCCUCAUCCUCCAGUAGAUUAUUCAACCCAUCUUUCCUAACUGCCCAGUUUUUAAUUACAGUGAAUGAAUCUGAGAAACCUGUCAUUAAGAAAAAUGGUUAGUGCUAUUGGUGGAACAAGUAAGUUUUUUGUUCUUCUCUUUUCAUUCUGUUUAAAAAUACCUUGUAUUUUUACCUAGUAUUUUUAAUCAGCUACUGUCAGAUCCUUAGGUUGCAGGACACCAUUAUAAAUUCUUAAUUGUAUGUGAACCACAUCAUAAAACAUCACAUUUUCUUUUGUGACCCGGGUUCUCCUUUAGGAGAUUUGGGAAUGUUAUGCUGUGUGUUGACAGCACUAAAGAAAGCUUAAUAUAUAUUAUAGGUGUUGUAUUGUUGGUCUAUAAAGAGGUAAUAAGUCAAGUUAGCACCAGCUUGACCAAUCUUUUCCAAGCUCCAGUCAAUGUUUACUGAUUGCCAGUUUUGCAGUAAUUUUGUCUUGCUUUACUGAGCUGUCUGGUGCCACCUGUGCUUUGAUGUUUAAAGCUAUUUUGGCUGUGUACUUACAUUUCUAUAUCAGUUAACGUACAUCAUUAUCGGUUUGUUAAAUCAUGAGAGAAAAAGGGAUAACAUUAAAAAUGUGGUUGUUUUUUUUAAGUCAAAUUAUCACUUUAUGGCACAGUUGCUGGAGUUACCUCUUCAUUCAUUCAAACACAAAAAACAUUAUUUUUUAACCAGACCAGUUAAGGUGCUUUGCUGUGUACAUGUAUGAAUGUGUAAGCAAAUCUAUUCUGUGCCUCUUUAUCUAGAGACCACAUAUUUUAUAUGGAAGUUUUAUUACAUAUUCUGUGAGUGUGAUGCAGCUUGCCAUUAUUUGAAAUCAAACUGAUGAUUACAUUGUUGUAGUCUUUGAGCAGUUAAAAUGAGACACAGUUCAAGAUAGAGCAAAGUUGCCUCAUCCACUAAGGAUCCUUGUGAGGUAAGGUGCACCUUGUGUUACAGGCCGAUACGAGGCUUUAAGUUAUGGGGAAAGACGCAUUAACUUGGAGAUUGGUCAAGUUGGUCAAGGACUGGAAUUUUGCCUCCUGUUGUUCACGCAAAUGACAACAGGGGGCAGCAGAGCCCAGUCUGCAGUCCUCAGGGAAGAGCCUCCCUUGUGUUGCUAAGCUACUGAUUGCAUCCUCCGCGCUGACCGAGGGUGAAUGCAAAUAUUACAUGAAUUAAUCUUGUGUAUGUACCUUUUUACUUUAAUAAUAUGUGCAUGGAGAGGAGAUGUUUUUUUGUUUUUAUUUUGUUGUGUUAUUUUUCUUUUUAAUGCUUAUUACACUGAAUGCAGUUAGAAGUACAAUGACCCCCCCCCCCCCCCCCCCUACAUCGAGCUUUGUAUAGACAAACAGAUUGUUUGUGCAGUACCUGCAAGGCACUGAUUCCCAUUUGCCCUAAGUCUAGCUCUCUCUUGAGUUUAGCUUCGCCCCCUCUAAUCGGCUUCUCCUGCUUAAGCCUACAGGGAGAUUCUAUGGGCAGGGGGCUCCGUUUCCUACAGUGAGAGUACUGGACCCUUUCAAAUUAUAGCACUGCACAGGUCCCCCGCCCAGUCACAUGAGCCUUCCAAACCUGCCCCCUAUCUACCCAAGACCGGUCAUGCAUGCAGGUCCUUAGCUGGGCAAAGGAGUACAUGAAUCUGUAGUUGUGAUACAACACAUCCGGCGUUAUAAGUGUUCUGCACAUGCCCACUGUGUGGCCACGCCAAGUAUCGUGGUUAGCUUGCAGCAUUUUCUGUCUGCUUUUAUAACGUUUUAUUGCGUAUUAUAUUUAGUAGUCGUACUUUCCUUGAAAAUAAGUUCUUUUUGUAUCGUUUGAAUUUUAAAAAUUUGCAUAGCCGUAAUUGUUUGGGAGGGAUGAUUUGAAAGGAUGAGAAGCCUGUUUGUCAAUCGCACAACCGAUAACAGAGCUGAUAAAUAUUUUUACGUCUGUAUUAGACAUUUUAUUUGCAAAUCUAUUGUUCGAUUGAAUUGUAAAUGAAAUAAAAGAUGGUACACAUCCGUCAUUGUAUACAGCUGGCACCAUCGUUAGAUGGACUUACUGCUCAUUUUUAUUACAUAUAAUCAGCUAUAUUUAAAUAUAUAGAGAUAUAUAGAUACAAAUACAAUUUGAAAUGAAGAAAAACUUUUCACGAACGGCGGAAAUAUCCAUGGGAAUAGUUUAUAUAUUCCGUUUGUUUCUUUUGAACUACCACUUGUGAAAGGUUUCACUUUUGCAUUUUUGAUUGCAAGGCAAGUUACAGUCUGGUUUGUGCGUUAAAUGUGGCAAAUAGCAGAGUGGAUCCUUUUUGUUCAUUGUUUGCUCUUGCACUGAUAGGUUGCGCUUGCCUUGGUCUGUUCUGCAUGGAGCACCAAGGUGACACAGACAGGGGGAAAGUGAUUGCAGUACCUGAUAUGUAUUUGCAUGCUCAAAAUAAAAAUACAAAAAAUG